GACCUCGGCUUCUGGGCCUCCCUCACCCAACUCGUCGGCGCCACCGUCUUCUGGAUCGCGGGCGUCACCGGCCUCCCCGGCAUCAUCGGGCACAUGAGUGCCCCCUUGACGGACGGGGUGUACUGGGUGCCCCAGGUCGUGGGCGGAGUCUGCUUCGUCGUCAGCGGCGGGCUGUUCACGCUCGAGACGCAGGAGCGGUGGGAUCGGCCGGCGUGGCGGGUGCUGGGGUGGCAUAUCGGGGGGUGGAAUGUGGUGGGCGGGGUCGGGUUCACCCUGUGCGGCGUGUUCGGGCUGGCGGGGAUGCAGUAUCAGGCGUGUCUGGCGACCUUCUGGGGGUCGUGGGCUUUUCUCUGGGCGUCCGGGUUGCAGUGGUAUGAGAGUUUGCAG